GCCAAGUUUGGUACGCCUCUAGAACAAAACACACAAAUAUAAAAAGGAAAAAUGCCUUUGAUAGAGUUGUGUUUGUUUCUUUAUUAUGAAUGGAUUUACUGUCCAGCAAAAUAUAUGGAAACUUGCGUUACAGGAAGACGUUUAAAAUCACCACCCAUCUGUUACCUAGAAAUGCUUUAGCCUAUACAAACUGUGGUUGUGUUCUGUGCGCAUAAUAAAAGAGGAAGAAACUAAUAAUCGAUAUGUCUACUGCUGUUGUAGAGUUGGAAAAGGAGAUGUGAAUAAUUUUGACAUUCAUAUUAAGAUAAUAAUUUUGCUAAUUCCAACCUUUUUAGCCAAUACUUGGCAGCAGUAUCCUGAACAAUUUAAACCUUUCACCCCUGACAAAUGCAUAAUAGUAGCGCCCGCUGUAGCGUGUAGACUAGUUCAUUCAUGGUCGCGAAGCCACGACUGUAAACAUUACGUUUGGCGUGUAGAGUAGGGACAAUCUCAUAAAGAUGCCGAAAUCCAAGAAUUUAGACUCCAUGAUGAAUGAUGCUGAGUUAAUGCAUCCUUUGAAAGAAGAUGAUGUCCCUACAGAACAUGAAAGACCAGCAUGGGGAAGCAAGAUUCAGUAUUUUGGAAUGGUUAUAUCUACUGCCGUGGGACUGGGUAAUGUCUGGAGAUUCCCUUAUCUGUGUCAGCAACACGGAGGAGGUGCUUUUCUUAUCCCUUACCUCAUCAUGCUCUUUGUGGAAGGGAUGCCAUUGCUUUACCUAGAGUUUGCUGCAGGACAGCAUUUUCGUAAAGGCAGUAUGGGUACUUGGAACUUGGUCAACCCAUUGCUGGGAGGGGUAGGCGUGGCCAGUGCUGUCACCUCCUUUAUUGUAGGGGUUUACUAUAAUGCCAUUAUCAUGUGGUGCCUUUUCUACCUGGUGCAUUCCUUCACUGGGACCUUACCAUGGUCCUCAUGCCCUAUGGAAACCAAGGGUAAUCUAACAGUUCCUAUACUGGAGUGUGACGUCAGUGGACCAACUUCCUAUUUUUGGUAUCGAAAUGCCCUGGAGGUCACGCCAAGCAUUGCAGAGACAGAUGGAGUUAAAUGGAAGAUGCUUCUCUGUCUAAUAUUUGCCUGGCUUGUGGUGUAUGCUUGUAUUUGGAAAGGAAUCAAGUCCUCUGGGAAGGUUGUGUACAUUACCGCAUCUUUUCCCUAUAUUGUGCUGUUUAUUUUUCUGGGCCGUGGUGUUACACUGAGGGGUGCUGGAGCUGGUCUGGCCCACAUGUUUACACCAAAGCUUGACCGUUUGGAAGAUCCCCAGGUGUGGUUGGAUGCAGCCACUCAGAUCUUUUACUCCUUUGGAUUGGGCUUUGGAGGAAUGAUAGGUUUCUCCAGUUACAACCCAAGGAAAAACAACUGUGAGAAGGAUGCCAUUAUAGUAUCCAUCGUCAACUGGUUCACCGCCAUUCUGGCAUCAGUGGUCAUCUUUUCUGUGCUGGGAUUCAAGGCCACAGUGAUGUACGAAAAAUGCAUUCAUAGGAAUGUGGACUUCAUUUCUAGUAUAUACCCAGAGUGGAACAGUACCACAUUGACCGAGGAAAUUUAUCUCAAUCAAUUCCAGGCUAACCAGUCCUUGAUGCAGACACUUAACCUUACUAAGUGUAGUCUGGAGGAUGACUUAGAUAAUGCAGCACAGGGGACAGGGUUGGCCUUUAUUGUUUUCACAGAAGCCAUUAAUGAGUUUGGAUCAUCUGCUCCAUUCUGGUCCAUCAUUUUCUUCCUCAUGCUUCUCUCCCUUGGAUUUGGCAGUGAGUUUGGUACACUAGAGGGAGUGACUACAUCGCUGUAUGAUCUGAAAUAUCCAAUCUUCAGAAAGAAAUGGUUGGUCUCUGGACUUCUGUGCUUUGUCAGUAUGCUUAUUGGGAUCCUGUUUGUUUUGGGGAGUGGAUCAUACUGGGUGGCUUUAUUUGACUCCUUUGGUGGUUCCUUUCCGCUGAUUACUAUAGCACUGGUGGAAAGCUUUGGAAUUGGCUGGGUGUAUGGAGUUGACAACUUUGCUCGAGAUAUCAAGGAAAUGAUUGGUCAUGAACCACACAAAUACUGGAAGAUCAUGUGGAAGUUUGUGGCCCCUGUAUUCAUCGCAAUCCUGUUAGCAGCCACCCUCAUCAGCAAAUUCCUGAAGCCUAUCACAUACUCUGUCUAUAGUUAUACUAAGUAUAUCAUGGUGCCAGAGAAAUACCCUUGGUGGGCAGGAGCCAUCGCUGCCUUUCUUGUUCUCUCCUCUGUUCUGUGCAUUCCAGUGGUGGCCGUGGCUAGAAAGCUGGGAUUCCUCAAGUUUGAAGGACCUACUGCCAAGAACAUUGUCGUAGAAACAGGUGGUCAUACCCAGUCCACAGCAGCAUUUUUAAAAUCGGAUAACGACUCGGGGCAUAAUUCUGAUGACAUCAAUGACGAGUAUGUUGUUGCAGAUCGAGACACAAGUUGUGCUAUACCAGAAAAACCUGAGAGAGUCAAAUUUGACGACAUCUUAGAAAAUGCCGAAAGUAGACUAUAAUGAUUGUUAGGGGUUUUUUCCUGCUUUUACGGGGUUCUAUUCCAUUUCAGGAUUUUUUUUUUUCUGUGUGUUGAAUAUAUUAUAGAGUGUCCUUUUGCUUGUUUCUGUUGAAUUAAUGUUAGAGACCUCAAAUUGUUCAAAUUUGUUAUUAUUGCUUAAUCAUAAACAGGCACAAGCAAUAAAAUGUACGUUUCCAGGCAUGAAUUAAUUUUUACCAAAAUAUUUAUUUGUUUUUCAUCCCAGGAAUGAAAGCAUGGUCAUGUCUAUGGUUUCGAUUAUGCCAGGAACAGUGAUUUGUUGAUUUGUCUGCCCAUCUUGUUUAACACUAAAACAUCAACAUCUCUUUGAUUUUUGUGUAUUAUGUACAAGCUGGGGUAAUUGGAAUUUCAUAUAUAGAAUCCAAAGGAAGAAGAGUAAUAAGUUAAGGGUUAAUGGACAGUUUUCCUACAUGCAUGCUUCAUUUAUCUUGGGGUAUUUUACUAUAUUCUUUCUAGUACUUUUAUAUGUGGUUUAUAGACUGAAACAGUGUCUUUUGAUUAUAUAAUCUGUUCAUAAUUAGAAUUAGUUAUGUCAGUUUUGAAAUUGUUUGAAUUAUUAUACAAAAGACAGUUUACAAGUUUUGCAUCAAGAGGUAACAAAAGCAUCUCAGCUAUAUAUGCUAAAUGUUCUUAUAUUCUUUUGUGCAAGUUUUUUUCUCUCGAGAUUUAUUAGUGAUUCAUAUCUUUUUUAUUACAAUCUUCGGCAAAAUCUAGUCAGUCUGCCAAAGACAGUAAUUAUUUAUCUAUCAACGAGUAAUUUGAUAUCGAUUGACAAUCAUUCUUCAUCCAGUUAAAUAUUCUGGAUAUAAUGUUUUUUUACCAGUAUUGUACCAGUGAUGGAUACUGUAAAAUUGGAUAAUUCAACGGGACUUGUAAAACACGAUCCGAUUUAACCCCAUCAACAUUCUUUAUAUCGUAGAAAUGGAGUUGCGUCCUUAGAAUGAUGUCAAAAUAUGUUAGCCUCCUCUGUUUUAUGCUUUGUAGCUAUAUAUUGCUCCACCUGCUAUAAAAUUAAAAGUAAAAGGAAUCAAAGUAUUAAAUUCUACUUAUUUUAAUUGCUCCAACCUAAUUACUUUGCAGUGUAUAUCAUAUAAAAUGAGUAGAAAUAACUUUCAUUCCUGAAAUUUACUUUCAUUCCAUGACAAUUCAAAGUGCCAAUUUUAUCCUUUUAAUACCUAUAGCUCCAAGGACCUGAAAUUUGAUAGCAAACUCAUUUAUACAUCAAAAUACAAGACUGGGGUUGUAGGUCAGCUCAUUUCAAUUUUAUGACCUCUUAAGACCUUGAUCAUUUCUUGGUUACUUUUAAUACCAUAAACUUUAAUCAUUUUACAAACUGUAUGCUUCAAACAAGGGUAGUAUUAAAGAUAUCUGGAUUAAAUUAGUGGUCAAAAGAUAGACAAUUAGAAAAUGAUAGACAAUUAGAAAAUGCGAGUUGUCACAGUUUCUCCUCAUGUUGACAAUUUUUCACCUUCAGCAACCCUUAGUUUUUGACAGCUAUAGGUAAUGAAGAUUAAAACUCAUUAUUUUUUUCCUUUGUAGCUCCUGUUCUAAUAAUUAUACUUCAUUGGUUUACUAAAAUAUUAUCGGUUCAAUUUCCUUAAACCCAUAGCACUGAUCUGUUUCUCUGCAGAGGAAUGGAAUAACACUUUCUUCGGUGGUUAUUUUUCUGCUCAUCUAUUAUUGGAAGAAGAAAAACUAGUUAAGCUAGGUAACCACUGUGUUGUGAAAUAAAAUCACCAAUCAUUGUCUGGGAUAUGGAAUGAACAUUUCCAAAAAUUCAAUCCCUUACGACAAGGAGAAAAAUACAGAAAAUAACCAAACCUGUUAACUGUUAAGAACCUAUUCUUUCUCAAUCUAAUCUUGUACUUAAUUUUACAAUACCUUGGCCUUUCUGGGGAGCUUGUACGUGUAUAUAAAGACUGCAGAAUAAUUUGAAGAAAUUGCAUUCUCAUCUUUCACAAUUUACCUGCCAUUUAGUGCUCUAAAUUAAGAUGAAAAUACUUAAUUUAUAUGUGGUGUUUCUCUUCCUAAGCUCACCCUGAAAUGUCUUUUUAGAAUGCAUGAAAUUUUGUUUGUCAAAGAAGUGAGUAUUUAAUUUUGCUAGAUAUUUUUAAAUGGUGUUAAUGUUGCCAAUUCUUGUAUUAUAGUAUAGUUGUUUUGGGGGACUUUUUUGCACUUUAUCAUUUUGUUGUACGAAAUGGUCUACAUUCGAUAUGCUGUUUACAGAGUUUUAAAUCACAAAAUCAAAGUUUCCUCUCAUCUGUUAUCCCACACAUUUGACUUUAUUUCUAGUUUGUUUGUAGGCUUUUUUGUUGUUAGUUUUUGGAUGUUUUUAUUCGGAAAGGGGAGGGGGGGUUUCGAUGUUGGUCUUUGUUCAUAGUGCUUUUAUUUGAUUGCUAUAUUGUUUCAAAACCAAUUUCUAUUUUAUAAUUCUGUGCAAAACCACAUCUUGGAUACAUUUAAAGUGGCUUAUCAUAGUUUUACAUGAAUUUGUAUUUAUCAGAAAAUGCAGAGAAGUAGUGCAUUUCUUAAAUCUUUUUCUGAUAGUUUAUACUGGCUGUCAAUCUUCCGUCGACCAGAACUAUUUUCGUGUGAUUUGUGAUGAUGCAUUAACUACGUAUUAGACAUGCAAUGUCGUGUCAGGCUUGUGUUUUUUCAAACCUUUCUGUGUGGCUAUAACUGUAGCAUUUUGUAUUCAAAAAAAUAAAUAAUAGAUUCAAUACCAAAAAAACUGUGAACAUGGAAAUGUUUGUGUGGUAAUAUGAAGGGAGAGAAAAUUUGCUAAAUUACCCUUCACAGAUGUUUCUUUCAAAUCACAUAUGCAUUAUUAUCCUCACAAAAACCAAAAUUGUCAUGUUUACAGAUAUAAUUAAUGUAACUGCAUCAGGUACAGUGUACCUUUAAGUAGAUUUCAGUGAAACAUUCAAGAUUCUGUUCUGAAAAUAAGUGUGUAUUAUAUUUAUACAUAUACCAAUACAUGUAUAUCAUUCUUACCAUACACAGUUUAAGACUUGAGAAUUUUUGUUGUUAUAAGCUAGUUUUUGUUUGUUGAAUGUGUUUUUGUUUUUAUACUGGGUAUAUAUUUUGUUUUACCGCUUGUAUAUUUCUUGUUUUUAUUGCUUCUGACUCAGAAAAUUUGAAGUUAAAUUUUGGGUAUAUUGAUGUAACAGUAUAUGUUGAUACUUUAUAGACAGAUGAUUACAGAACAAUUUGAAAGUUUGUUUCCGUCCAUGUUUUGGUGUCAGAAUUGAAUCUUAUUCUCUGAAGCCUUCAUGGAAAAUGAUUGAAGGUAUAAUUUCAUUACCGGAACUUCAAUUCAAUCUCUUGAAGUGUUUAAUGAAAAUAUAAGCAUUUCCUGUAUUUGCACACAAUCACCAUACCAAAGUACUGCCUUAUUUUUGUCUGUGUUGUAUGCAUAUUUUAAGAGCACUGCAGCUUGAUGCCAUUUGGUAAAAAACAUUUGGGGGCUUUAGAGUUGGUGUAUGUAAGAGUGUAUCUGUAUAAGGAAAUUCACAAUGCAAGAUAUUUGUUGAUGCAAAAACAAAACUCUUUCAUACGAUGAUAAAUGUUAUGGUGGGGCAUUUUUUGAAUCUCAUCAUAGCAAUUAUUUUGCCUUGUUUUUUUUUAAAAUUUUGUUGCAUAAAAUGCAUCAGUUAUCAAGAGAAUUGCAAACUUUUAUUUUGAAGCAAUUGAUGCAAAACAUGAGGGUUUUUUGUGUGUGUGUUUUUUAAAUCCAAGUAUUUUAAAGUGUGAUCUGCAAGGGUAAAUUUUUUACUGUAGAACACAUUUUUAAAGAGAUUUCUAUGAUGAUCUUUAGAAGUAAGAUAUGUUGUACAUUAAAAUCAUUGUAAAUAUUCACAAGGGUAGAUCCUGAUAAUUUUCAAAGGGAGAUGGGGAAAGUGUGACCCAAGUUGUACCCUUUCCACCCAAAAAAGAGGGAGGGGUGAAGAACCCAAAAUGCCCCCCCCCCCCCCCCCCCCCCCCCCCCCCCCCGACCAUUUUUGUUCAAACAAAGGGGAAUGCAUUGUCCCUUGCAAAUAUUCACAAGGGUAGAUCCUGAUAAUUUUCAAAGGGAGAUGGGGUUAGUGUGACCCAAGUUGUACCCUUUGCCACUGAUGAAAAUAUAAUGUUUAGUGAGCAUCUGCAAUUUUCACCUUUACAAUAUAUUUCUUUUUUGCUAUGUAGCUUUUAUGAAGGGAAAAUGUCUUGCUACAUUUCAUGACCUUGUAUAUAUCAGUUCAUUAUAGCAACUGCAGCAGCAUUAAGAAAAUGGUGUGUACUUGUCAUUGUGUAAUCGUCAUUGUGUAAUUAUCGUACGAGAUGUUGAUGAAUUUUUAUUCUUUUCAGUGAUGUUUCUUUCACUGUUAUCCACUUUUGAACUAAAUGCAAGACUGGUGGUUUUUCCCUAUUUGACUGUAUAAAUGUACACAUCUUGUCAAUGAAUAAAAUUUGGCUAUCCAAUGCAGAACUGGGAUGAAACCACCAUCUUUAAGCUACAAGUUUGAGGAUGGAUACCAGUUUAUAAAAGUAUGUUAAUAUAUGAUCUACAGACUGGUCUCGGGGAAUGUGAUGGGAUAUCAUGUUAUAGAUAUUGCCUAUAGACAGUAACAUCACACGUCAACGUGAUAUCUAGGGUUUCGAGUGCUAGUCUGUGGAGUCUGUUCCUCAGGGAUAAGAAUUGUAGGAUUGUGUUUCCUAGCCUCGUGAUUACUCAAAGCAUUUUAAAAAAAUCCUACGCUGUAGUGUGUACCUUCAGUAUUAAAUAAUAACUUCUACCAAAUUAUUGUACAAGUUCUUACAACAUGGCUAUAUGUGUAUAGUCAAGGGUCAAGAAAACUUAGACAAUGUGAAUUUUUAUUUCAAAGGUUAGAAAGACCUGCAAGAUGAAUUUUGUGUAUGUAAUAUAUGGUAUUUCAUCUACAAACAUAUAGAUAUAAGAUCUGAAUAGAAUCGAUUUUUCAUAGUAUCUCUAUUAGCAAGAGUGCUUGAAAAUAGAUAUUUUAUUCAAUUCCACAUGAUCAAUGCAGUUCUGGGUACCUAAUGCUUUAUUAUGUUAAGCAUCCAUGCAACAUAUAGAUGAUUAAUGAGCACAAGUUUAAAGAUCUGCACAAAUUUUGUCUUGAUUGUUAUCAAUGUCAUCAUUCUCACGUGUGUGUUAUUAUCGCUGUCAUCAUUCUCACGUGUGUGUUAUUAUCGCUGUCAUCAUUCUCACGUGUGUGUUAUAUUGAUUGAUGAGGAAUUUAGCUUUCUGAUUUUGACACAUACAUACAGCUGUAUUGUAUAGUGUUCAACAAUUUGAUAUAUUUCAAAAUGAAUGAAUGAUUUCAACUUUUAACUGUACAUGCAUAUAUUAUGUAAUAAAAUAACAUUCUGUAUCUUCAAGCCUGUACCAAAAUAAAAGACAAGAAAAAAAAGUAAUAACUGGU